AUGGGCAUUGAUCCUAUAGUUCUGAGGAAAGCUUAUGCCACAAUUAAGGACGCUAUCUCAGGAAAGGCAGCAUCAGAUCUUCGACGUUUCCUCCCUGAGUUGUAUGUAUUGUGUGCAGAGCAGGCUCUCAGGCUGGGAUGUAAGGAGAUCACAGAGGACUGCCUAAUGAUGUACUUGGAGCACAAACCCCCACCUAAUCAGUUUCUGUGCCGCGCAUACUUCUGCCAGGCUCAGCUGAACUUACCACGCACUGUUGCCUCUGUGGAGGACAUGGAUAGAGCUGUGACAUACUAUCUGAAGGCAAUAGAGACAGCCAAAGACAAGCCAAGAUACCAUUUUCUAGUCUUCAAUGCUUCUGUUCUGUACCUUCAGGCAGUGCGAACAUUCCUACGGCCUGGCUGGCGGCGGUACCUGGUCUCCUCUCUCACACAGGUGCUCAGUGCUCUGGAGGAGGUAGUCGAGCCUGACUAUGCCUGGCGGGCUGAACUGAUGAUACUCCUUGUGGAGUGCCUGGUGGAUGCUGGAAAACAGAACGAUGCUGCUGAUUUUUCCAAGGUCACCUCUGACUUUAUAGAGCAGCACACACCUGAGCUGUAUCCCCGAAUUUUUUCCAUACAGGUGCAGUAUGAUCUUAUAGAUGUCUCCAACAUUUUAACAAAAGCAAGUCCAAAAUUACUUGCCAUCUAUAAACUGCAGAAGCUUAAAAACAUGGCUGUGAAUGAAGACAGAAAAGAAUCUGGUGAACUGAGGGAGAUUUUUCUCCUACUGACUCAUUCAUCCCAGACCCAAUCACCUGCCUCUAACUGUUAUAACCCUGAUACUGAUUACCAUCCUCAUAUCCCAUUGUCUGACAGGAUUGAGCUCCUUUUGGAGCUGGCCUUUCUCUCUCUACAGUUGAAAGAGUAUUUCAUGGCUGAGGAAUGUGUAAAGCAGCUAAAGGACAUGGAUGACACUACUGUUGGACAGCGUAUCAUGGUGGAGUGUGUUGAAUGUGAACUGGCCCUUGGUCAACAAAAUGGCAACAUUGAUGACUACACCAAAAGCAGUGUGAAGGUGCAGUUAAGUGUAGUAAGCAGCUUGGAAGCAUUGCUCCUCAGGGCAGUCAGAGAGGGAGAUGCUCAGGUGACGCAGAAUGUGUGUGCUGCUCUGUGGAACAGCUGCUUACCUCUGCUCCAGCAUAAUCUUCGGAAGAGCCUUAAAAGCCCUCUGCUCACACUCUCACAAGCCCUAGAAAACAUCAAUAGCAUGUUUCUGGACAUGCGAUGUCAUAUCCAUGCUGAGCUGGCUGCUAUAGAGGAGGAAGCAGAAAAGUUGGAGUCUGCAGUACAACACCUCCAGGCAGCACUGGACCUGGAUGAGAGCGGCCUGUUCCAACAGCGUCUGUCCUUCUCCCUUCACCUCCUUCAACUGCGCAGCAAACUUUAUAGCAGUCCCACACGUCCAGAGGACCAGGCAGCCAUGCUUAUCCAACAGACAAAAGAGUGGCUGGGUGAUGAACCAGCGAAAAAGUGGCACCCUGUGCUGGUUAGUGCUGGUAUUGCUUUGGCACCUGACACCUUCCAGAUGGUCCUGGAUGCAGACAGCACAGCAAAAGGUAGCCGACUACAAGACAAUGUGGAGCAACUUGCUGCUAAGGCCAAGCACUACAGGACCUGUGUACAAAAAGUAGAAUGUCAUCUUGCCAGGCUGACGAGAGACACAGAUGACCGUGAGAGGAUGAGGCUGUGGGCGUCCCUAGUCAAGACUGCACGGAAACAGGAGUUGUGGGAUGUGUGCAGGGCAGCUUGCCGCUUCUGUCUGCUUUAUGAUGACAAGAGAUGGAAAAUUGAAUGUAAACAAAUCUACAAAGAAGAGAGUGGAGCACGAGAGCUGCUGCGCCUGCUGGCUGAGGUCCACUUCAUUAAUGCUGAGGCAACUAUUCAUAAACUCCGCUGUGAGGGAGUAGAACUCAAUGAUUCACCUGUUCCGCCUGUUAAGAGAGGAGUACCCACACUUGAUACCCACACUGAGAAUGAUCCUCAGUGGACUAUUUACAGUGACUGGAUUCAAGAGAUGUCAGUCUAUGCUGUGGCUAAUUUCCUGCGAGGAGCAGAAAUCGGGGCAGAGCUGCAGGAGCCGUGGCUGGUGGUCAAUGCAGCUGUGUACCUUUGGAACUAUAAUAAUCACAUUCUUGCCACAAAGGGACAUGACAAGCUUGUACCCACAUUCAGCCAACUGGUGGAGUUACUCAAACAGACAGGCCAUGCAGGGGAAGUGGUGCUGCUUGUCCUGUUGUGUGAUGCUGUGGCACAGGGCAUCAUCCAACCUUGGUGUGGGACAUCUGGAAGUAUUAUUCAGGAGGGGAAGCGGCCUCGGGCUCAGUCUGACAGGACUAAGAAAAAUGGAAAGAAAAGAGUGGAGAAAUCAGGCUCCACUCAUGCCAUUCCACUGGAGGCAGCUGCUGUCCAGAAUAUCAAGAAGGCUCUGCAGAUGUGUGUCUAUGCUCUGCAUCUGUCCAAUGGGAAUGAUGAGACAGUGCCCAUCAUGGUUCGAAAGCAGCUUCUCAGCACAUGGGUAAAUACCAAACGCCUGUUGCAACAGCAAAUUGGACAGAACCUUGACAUUGCUGAUGAGCUGCAUUGUACAAAUGAGGCAAUGCAUGCCAUGUCACGUGUAUUGGUUGGAGUGGAGAUGCUGCGGUGUAAUAGCCAUAAUCAUGGACCGAUGGCAUUCUCUGUGCCCAGCCUUACAAUGCUUGUGCAAAUAGCAUCUGACUGUAAAUGGUCUGAUCCUGUGGGGGAGCUUUAUUCAUGGUCUCAGCUUGCUCACUUUGCCCAUCAGAGCACUGAUCAUGACCUUGUUAUGAUUUGCACCCAGAAUGCACUUCAGUUGGAUCAGACUGCCAUCCAUAAGGCAAAACUCUCCGUGUGUAACCUGUACAGCAUGAGAGCAGUGCAGGAAAUGCUGAGCAGUGCUGCAUGUUUGAGAGGCCUGAGCAUGCUUCAUAAGUCCUGUGGCCAUCUUGCCAAAUACACAGAGGCUCUUGCCAUGCUCCAGACUAGCGUCAGCUAUGCUGAGCAGGCAGGUAGCUGGCCUCUCUGUGAGACUGCAGCAAGGCAUUACUGGAACUCCUGCCUCCCUCUAUUGGACAGUUCUGAGCAGAGACAACAGCUCCAAGAACCACUGGAGAAUAUUGUGAAGGCUCUAACCCGCACCUAUCCUCAAACAGCCUGUGUGAGAAAUAGAGUGGUGAAUGUUCAGAAUGAAAAACAAACAGGACCUACAGCCUCAGCACUGGACACUAACAGUGCAGUUGAAGAUGACCUGGCAGUGAAAGCAGCCAUGUACAACGUGUUGUUCCAAAUUCAUGAAGACAAUGGUAAUUUAAGGAGUGGCCUGCAGGUCCUGGAUCAGGCCAUCAGAGGGAUGCCCCACAGCCCUCACAGACUUACCCUCUAUAAGCAGAAGGUGCUGGUGAAGGCUCAGCUAGGGGAAAGCAUUGAGCUGGACAUGCACAAAUUUUCGGAGUACGGAGAGGUGGCCUGCGCUAUGAUGUGGCAUCACGUGGCUCUGUCUACCAGAGACACACAGCAGAAAAUGCACUGCUAUCAGAACGCAAUCAAUAAAUUACAGAGUGCUGAUAAUCAGUGGCAGAAAGUGGAUUUACUGCUGGAAUUUGCAGAGUGGCUGUACUCUAAUAAUUUCCCUGUGACUGAUGCACAGCUGCAGGCUCAGUCUGCCAUAGACAUUCUGCUGUCCUCUGCUUUGGACACCAGUCAGAGUGACAGUAUCCAAGAGACCCCUGGUCAGGCAAAUGCAAAUGUCCCAGUCAGUACUCCGUCUCACCUGAGUGUAAAGACUCAACCUGAACUGAAGGAUGUGCGCACUCUAGAUAUCCUGAUGCAAGCACACACACUGCUGGCUCUCAUGGAGUCCAGAGUAUCUACCAAGCACCAGCAUCACCUGUUUCAAGCUUAUCACUAUGUUGUAGAUAUCUGGCAGGUGUCCAUGGAAACAGCUGAGGAAGUCAUGAAAGACAUGUUAAAGAAAUCCCCAGGUGUUCUGUCUGUGCCUGUGUCAGCAGAUAGCGCAAAAAAAGACAAGAAGAAGAAAAAAAAAGAGAAAAGUUUAAAGUCUAAAGAACCCUCGACUAUUCAGAAGAAGCCCAAGGUCCCAGGUUUGGACACUUCUUUUCAGUUAAGCCCAGAGAAAUGGGCUCAAUUUGAGUGUCCUGCAGAGUUUCGUCAGGCUUUCACACAUGACCGCAGUCCUUGCUCUGUCAAUAGCCACAGCAUCACCGUGCAGAGCCGGACUCUCUUCUAUCUAGAUGUCCUGGUGAAAGAGCUGGAAUCUGUCUCUCUGACUCUGUGGACCCUCCCUCCUUUGCACCUCGCUGAGGUCAUUGCUCAUGAUCUCUCACUCAGCAAGAGCCAUUCUGAUCUUUACCGCCUUAGGAUAGUGAAGACCUGUUGUGAACUUGGUCUUGGCUCUUCAUCACCCUACAAAGAAGCACUACUGAGCUUUACUCAUAUUCCUGAAGAUGAGCAGAUGUUAUGUCGAAAGACAGUUGCUCUCGAAAGGGAAAGAACAGGACCUCGUACAGAGGCUCAAGUCAGCAAGACACAGGAGACAACACUUCGCAGCAGUGUGUGGGGUGUAGCUGAAGACAGCAUGUGCUGGAAGAGACUAAGUGGAUGCUCUGUGCAGGAGUUGUGGCUGGACAAAGCUGCUGUGUGCAUCAGUAUGGGCCUGUACCAGCCUGCUAGAAUUCUGUUAGCUGAGGCUCAUAUGGUGGCCAAGGAAAUUGGAGACCAAACCACACUGGCUAAGAGUUUUUACCUAUUGGCUGCUUUGGCCAGUCAGGAGCAGCAGCAUGGACAGGCUCUUACUUUAUUGGAACAGGCUCAAGAGAUUGGUGGGGAUGAGGACUUCUGGUACAACCUCAUUCAGAGCCUCUUGAACACCACAGCACAGCUUGAGGGAGACAUUUACACACAGGUGUGUCAGAUCACAGACACAGCCAUCAGAGUCUUUAGGUCUGCUCUGGAGAAAAGACCGAAUCGAGCUCCAGUCCUCCAGUUCUACGUUGCAUCACUGCAGGCCACAGGUGCUGUUCUGUGUCGCCGGUCUCUGAGGGCCGCUUGUCCUGAUCACAGUGUUGGCGCUGAGACAGUGAAUAAGCUGAAUGCAGUGUGUGAUGCUCUGAAAGACAGUGCUGCACAAUUAUGUCAACAUGGCUACAAAACUCAUGCUGCAGAGACAACCCUAGAGCAGGCAAACACUCUGAGAAUGCUGGCAAUGCUCACAUCUGUGAAAGAAGAGAAACAGCAGUACUUGCUUGAUGCUAUCUCACUCAUACAGCAGGCUGUAUCCCUUCAGGAGGAAGUACUUUCCAUUGGCCUCAGGCUUCUCCCAACUCAAGAGGGUGGGUGGUGUAGGCUGCCUGCUAUGCAUCUGUCUGUGCGUUUCCGGCUAGCUCUGGCUGACCUUGGUUUAUUGAUGCUGGAGAUGUACUGUGAGGAGGAGAAGGUCCAAGCAAUAAUCUGGAGCAGGCUCAGUUCCACUGAGCGAGCUGUGGAUGACUAUUUGAGGAGCAGUUCAGACCUUAAUGCUCUACAAAGGGAAUGGCUAACCAUGGGUCAGUCUGUGGGCCAGCUGACUUAUACCCAGCUGACUGUGGUCCAGUCUCUCAUGAAGGACUGUGUUGAAACCAGAAUGCAGACACUUGUCAUGCUAGGAAAGUGCUUGAGGCUGUUAGCACUGCAGAAGGAUCCACUCUACCCCACCUUGAUGUGGGACAAACCAAUCAUGAACAACAGCAAAGCAGUGCAGCAGAUGUUGGCGCAGGCCAGUGAAAGUCUAACUGAGGCUUUGAGUCUUGGGCUACAGCAAAACCUGCCUGAGCUGCUCUCAUGUGUCUGUGAAGAGCUGCUGGAAUCUCACAGCCAGUAUGACCCAGCUGCCUUAGGCCAGUACCUCGCCUUACUACAGAGCUGUGUGUGCUGUACUGAGAUGUCCAGAGUGUUAGAUGCUGCCUGUUGGGACAGCAGUCAGUCUCAGGUGGCUGCCCUUUUGGGUCUACAGAAAAGUCUGAAGUUCUCUCAUCCCAGCCACAGCAGCCUGCUUUCAACUACUGACCGCUCACUCCACACACUGUCCAAGGCCUACCAGCACCUGAUUAUAAACCCUAAUCACCUGAGCUUCCUGGGAGAACUGCCAUCCAAUCUCAAAAUCCUGCUGUUGCAGCAUACUAAAGACAGUUCAGUGCUCUAUGGGGCGUUUUAUGAAAAGGCAAAAUCCACUGAAAGUCUGAAAGUUAAGGGUGCGCAGACAGCAGGUGGGUUAGUGUGCUCCAGAGUGGCCAAGGCCCGGGUGCAGCCUUCUGUCCUGCACCAACUCCGAGAUCAAGCCCAAGCUUUCCGACAACUCAGUGCACAAACCAUGAUCAAAGAGUCCUGCUGGCUCAGAAAUGCUAUGCAGACCAAGGAUUACACACAGCUGAAACACAGCACAGACCAAGAGUUAAAAGGACAUUUUCAAGCUGUAGUUAAAGGAAUGGAGGACUAUCUGCAUCCUAUCCUCUCUCAGUUUGACUUCUCAUGUUUCAGCCAGUGCCUUCAACUGAUGAUCAUCGAUGAGGCAAACCAGCCCAGAGAUAAAAAAGAGUGGGAGACUACAGAUAAAGCUUCACCUGAGCAUGGCGAGUGUGUAGUCGUGUUAGCAGACACUAUGUUGCUGGAGUUGCCAUUAGAAGCGCUUGCUGUCCUGCAGGGAAAUGGAAUCCGCUCCAUCUCACGGGAUUUCUCCUUGCAAGUCUUUCAUACACGUCUCCACAAGAAUGAGCAAGUUGAAAAUGACAACAAAAAGGGGAAAAGAAGUACAAAGGCAGCUAAAGGAAAAGGAGACCAAAGCAAAGCCAUCAAAGUGGAACCGGUCUGCCGUGACUUACUUGCACACACACUUUCAGUGAAUUCACGCAAGUUUAAAUAUAUUGUUGAUCCAUGUAAUGUUGAGGGAAAUAGCGAGAGCAGUCCGGCAGAGACCAUGAGAAAGAUUCUGGACAUGUAUUCACAACAGUUCACAGCUCACUGGGAAGGAGUCAUAGGAAAUGAGCAUCCCUGCAGUUCUCAAGAUGUGGAGCAUCUGCUGACAAACUGCAGUUCUUUUAUCUUCUAUGGUGGAGAACACUUUCUCACUCGCAUCUCCCCUGCCAGACUGGCCAACAUCAAUCUGAAUGACUGCCAGUUGGCAAUCAUCCUUGGCCUGGUUCAUAACAGCUCUAGUAUGUGGCAUCAGUCUCAAUGGGAUACUCAGAAAAGUAAGACCCACCUUGCUGUGAAGACUCCUUUAGAGUGUGUUUAUCUGCUCACCCUCGGUGGAGUUCACUCCAUAAUGUUUAACCAGUGGUCCAGCAGCACCAGGAAUAAUGCACACAACUUGGAAGCUCUAAUGGAAAAUCUCCUGAAAACAAAAUUGACAUCUGGUCAGGCUGUCCAUACUUUGCGUAUGAGAGCAUCUUUGGUCCAAAGAGAGCCUGAAUAUGCUCUGGAUAAGGAUGCUGUGCCAGGCUGGAUUUCACCUUCUGCAUUCAACUUCAUCAUCUAUGGAUUACCUAAUUUAAUUGUUACCUGA